UUGCCACACCCAUGGUGGAAGCAACCCUUGGAGCCUUCUCUGAGUCACGCUAGUGGAACUGGGGCAUCCUUCAGCUGGUGGCACGGAGACCAUGGCACUCACCACCCUCAGGGGCAACAAUUUCUUCCUUAUGUCCGGCCUGAAUCUCCUCUCUUUUAGUAUAAAACCAUCACCCCUUGUCCUAUCAUGACAGACCCUGCUCAAAAGUCUGAGCCAGUCCAUCCUCAAGCUUCUGUACAGGGUGAGAUGCACACAGCACCUUCCCCUGGACUAGCCCCAAACACCCACCUGCUGCUCUGGUGACACACCUGAGUCACCUGCCACGCUCCUCGGCAUUCCCUGAUCCACUCCUCCUGCUCCCGGGGACACGGGCUGAGGUCCCCAGCAUCCUCCUGCCGGGGCAGCAUGAUGGACAUGGUCCUGCUCCAUGGGCUACUGCUCCUCCUCCCUUUGGCAGCCCUGCUGCUUUACCGGUACAAUGCCACCUUCCACUACUUCUGCAAGAUGGCUUUCUUCCACUGCUGGCUCGUGGUCAUGGCCACUGUCCUCUUCCCCUUGGCUCUCCUUCGGGGCCGCUCCGUGGAGAACAUGAAGCUCCUGCGUUUUGCCAUCCGGCCUCUCAAACACUUAUAUGGCAUCAAGAUGCAGGUGUGUGGCUCUGAGAAUCUGAACACCAAGGAGCCCUAUGUGAUGGUUUGCAACCACCAAGCUACCAUUGACCUCAUGGGCAUGGUGGAGUUCCUUCCUGACCGCUGCGUGCCCAUCGCCAAGAAGGAGCUCGUCUACAUGGGCAUCGUGGGGUGGGCCUGCUGGCUCAGCGGCUUCAUCUUCAUCAACCGCCACAAAACAGAAGAUGCGAUCUGUGUCAUCUCCCGGACAGCCAGGACCAUGCAGCGUGAAAACCUCCGAGUGUUGAUUUUCCCUGAAGGCACCAGGAAUGGGGACAAAUCCAUGCUGCCCUUCAAGCGCGGGGCUUUCCACUUGGCCGUGCAAGCACAGGUUCCCAUUAUCCCCAUUGUGAUCUCCCCGUACUGGGACUUCUUCAGCUCCAAGGAUAAGAAAUUCACAUCUGGGACGUGCACCAUCCGAAUCCUCCCCAGGGUAGAAACCCAGGGCCUGAGUCCCAAGGAUGUCCCCCAGCUGACAGAGACUGUCCGCCAGGCCAUGGCUGAUGCCUUUGCUGAGAUGUCUGCAGGUCACCGUGGGGACCAUCAUGCUGAGCAGCUCCCCCACUGCACCAGAGCCAGUGCUGGCAGGGGGACGAGAAGCCUUCAGUGUGACAAGGACACAAGCAGGGCCAGCAAUUAGGCAGCAGGACUGAGCCCCUUGGGGACAUGAGGGAGGUGGCACAACCGUAGGCUGGGCAAUGCUGUCUCUUUGUCCCCGUGGAUGUGUCCACCAGACUUGGUAGGUCCAGCAGGAUGGUGCCCUGGUGCCAGGGGAAGCAGAGCAGUGCAGGAGGGCACCAGGCAGCACCCUGCCUGCACACUGGGUAGCGGGGAGAGAUGUGAUGGGCAGGGUUUGGGGUUUGUUGCACUAUUUGAGGGUGGUAAAAUGCUGGCCCAGAUUGGCCAGAGAGGUGGUGGCUGAACCAUCCCUGGAGACAUCCCAGACUGGGCUGGACGGGGCUCUGAGCAACCUGAGCUGGUGAAGAUGUCCCUGCUCAUGGCAGGGGGGGCACUGGGGGAGCUGGGAAGGUCCCUCCCAUCCCAGACUAUUCUAUGGUUCUAUGAUUUACCCCUGAUGGUGUGACUGGCAGGGGGGUUCACCCAUGGUCAUGCUGGGUCACUUCUUCCAGAGGCUUCUGCAAGCUGGUGAUGCUGUUCAGAUGCAGUCACCUCUGGGGAGAGGUCCAGAGCACAGUGCGGGGGGGGACAGGAGGUCCAGGGUGCAUUGCCAUGUGGAUAGAGCAUCCUUCAUGCUGAUCUAUGAGACAAAGGUGCAAGAUUAAACAGUCUGUACCUGGU